GCUCCGGCGGUUGGUUGGAGCGUCGCUAGCUCGGGACGUCCGGGAAAGUUUCUUUGGAGGUCCGGCCCCCAGCAUGUCCCACGGUCCCAAGCAGCCAGGCGCGGCCACCGCGCCCGUAGGGAGCAAGGCUCCAGGCCAGCAUGGGGGCUUCGUGGUGGCUGUCAAGCAGGAGCGCGGAGAGGGCCCUCGGCCUGGAGAGAAGGGAUCCCAGGAGGAGGAGCCCGUGAAGAAGCGUGGCUGGCCCAAAGGCAAGAAGCGGAAGAAGAUUCUGCCCAAUGGGCCCAAGGCCCCGGUCACCGGCUACGUACGCUUCCUGAAUGAGCGGCGGGAGCACAUACGUACACGCCACCCCGACCUUCCCUUUCCCGAGAUCACCAAGAUGCUGGGCGCAGAGUGGAGCAAGCUGCAGCCAGCCGAGAAGCAGAGGUACCUGGAUGAGGCCGAAAAGGAGAAGCAGCAGUACUUGAAGGAACUGCGGGCGUAUCAGCAGUCGGAGGCCUACAAGGUGUGCUCGGAGAAAAUUCAGGAAAAGAAGAUUAAGAAAGAGGACUCUGGCUCUGGCCUCAUGAACACACUCUUGAAUGGACACAAGGGCGGGGACUGCGAUGGCUUCUCCACCUUCGACGUCCCCAUCUUCACUGAAGAGUUUCUGGACCAAAACAAAGCGCGCGAGGCGGAGCUGCGACGCCUGCGGAAGAUGAACGUGGCCUUCGAGGAGCAGAACGCGGUGCUGCAGCGGCACACGCAGAGCAUGAGCAGCGCGCGCGAGCGCCUGGAGCGGGAGCUGGCGCUGGAGGAGCGCCGCACCUUGGCGCUCCAGCAGCAGCUGCAGGCCGUGCGCCAGGCGCUCACCGCCAGCUUCGCCUCGCUGCCCGUGCCCGGCACCGGCGAGACGCCGACGCUAGGCACGCUAGACUUCUACAUGGCGCGGCUGCACGGCGCCAUCGAGCGCGACCCGGCGCAGCACGAGCGGCUCAUCGCGCGCAUCAAGGAGAUCCUGGCGCAGGUGGCCAGUGAGCACCUGUGACCGACGGGGCGACGCGCACGCCACCCACGGAGAAACGGGGUUCCUCGCCCAGGGGCCAGACCCCAUGCUGCACCUUGGGGGCUCCUGCCCUCCAAAGUCCAUCUCCACAGCGUCCCUCCUGCUUGCCACCCCACCCCGCGCCUCAGCCCGGGAGCCACAAUCACUCACCUCGGGGGCUUGGGGACCUGAUGCACAGGCGGGGAGGCCCCAGGUGACACGGCUCCGGGGGUGGGGACCCAGAGGGAGGCUUGCAGUUCACACCUUCCACUCCCACGUCCCCAUCUUUCCACUGCUCAAUCCGGAAUUUUUCAAUAAAAAUAAGUGGAAUUUA